CUGAGCUCUGACCUGGGGGAGGAUCCUGGUUCCAAGGUUUGUCUAGGAUGAGAACGCUUGUUAUAGAUUUGUUUUUUAAACUUUAAUUCUGUAGCCUUUGGAAAACUCAGUGUAUCUUUUUUUUGAAUGGCAACUAUUUAAAUGGUGAAUAAUGGAAGAAUUAAAAUACAACAAUCGGUAGCCAACUAGAAUUAAACAUUCUGUUUGAGAUAAGAAAUGAACAUUGAUGUAAAAAUUGUGAACAAAAGACUAGCUAACUGAAUCCAACAUUGUAUCAAAAAGAUAAUACCCCGCGAUAAAAUGGGUUUCAUCCCAGGGAUGCAGGGAUGGCUUAAUGCACGCAAGUCAAUAAAUAUAAUACAUUACAUUAGCAGAACUAAAAACAAAAAUUGGUCUGGGAAGGAAGAAGAAAAGAGAAAAAGAAAGAUCCAUAAAUAGGUUUCUUGAAGUUAUUUUUCACCUUUCUCUGGUAUCUCCUUGAGUAACUUAAUAAUGAACCUUCUGAAUUCUUUAUCUGGCCUUUCAGAGAUUUCUUCUUGGUUUGGAUUCAUUGCCGGGGAGCUAGUGUUAUCUUUUGGUGGUGUUACAGAACGCUGUUUUGUCAUAUUACCAGAAUUACUUUUCUGCUUCCUUCUCAUUUGGGUAUAUUGGGUAUUUCAGUGAAAAGAUCUGGAACACACGGGCUGCCAUUCAGAUUCUUUCAUCCCAUGGGGUGAUCCCUUGAUGUUGUGCUCUCCCCCUUCCCCUAGGUAUAAGGCUUCCUUAGAGCCAAAGGAGUGAUUGUUAUUUCUCUUCUGGGUGUAGCCACCCAGUGGUGUCACCAGGCUCUAGGCUGGUGCUGGAGAAUGUCUGCAGAGUCUUGUGAUAUGAUCCAUCUCCAAGUCUCCUAUCUGUGGAUACCAGCACUGCUGUGGUGAAGCUGGCAAGGAGGUGAAGUGACUGUGAGAGUCCUUGGUUAUAGAUGUGUUUCGUGUGCUGGUUUUCUAGAAUGCUGGUUAUGCUCUCAGUGAAGUUGUCAGAUGGACACACUCAGGACCUCUGGUUAGCCAGGAUGUUGCUGCAGUGGAAUUAGCUGUUGUCUUCUCCCUCCUGGGAGCAGGGUUAUUCUGUCAUGAGUUACUGUAAUGGCUUGAGUUGGUUGGCCUCCAGCCAGGAGACGGUGCUUUAAAGAGAGCACCAGCUGCAGUAGUAGACAGGGCAUAUAAGCUUGCUGUAAAUUGGCCAGGAUAAGUAUUUAGGUUUCUCAGGUGAUGGACAGGCCAUACAGCUCCAAAGCGUUUAUGUCUUUUGUGUUUGGCUACCAGGGUGGGGGGAGAAAAAACAUCACAUGGGGUCAGGGUUAGGCAGGUCUAAGCUCACACUCUCCUUGGUCGGGGAUUGCCAUGAAUGCUGUGGGGGAUAGGGGUUGAUUCUCAGGGUAUUACGGCUGCCUCUGCUGUGUCAUACAGGUCGCCAGGGAAGUGGGAGAAAGCUGGCAGUGAUAGGCCUUACCCAGCUCCCACAUAGCUGGUGAGGCAAAUCUUGCUCGUCUCAUGUCCUACCAACAACACUGAGUUUAUAUCCUGGCAGCCCAUGCCAGGGGCUCUGAGCUUGCCCCAGGCUACAAGCCUCUCCACUGAGAAAACCAGCAGGCUUUCAGGCCACACCCCUCCCCACCUUCCCACAGCAUCCAUCAGUUCCUCUGUUGAUAUCUAUAGCAGUUCCUCUUUGCCCCCUGAAUUCUGCUUAAGAAAAUUUGUAUCUAGUUGAAACUAUUACAGAAUUCAUUAGCUUCUUUCGCUCUGUGAUUCCUCUUUAAUUCCACUGGUUGCCUUAUCCAAAGACCCCUGUGAGACAAAGUCAGGGAUGGCUUCCUGGGGCUUGAGCUGGAAAACGGGAGUGCCUACAGAACUCUUCCCUCUGCUUCUUCUCCUUUUAUAUUCUGCAUGGCUCCCUACACCCAUUUCUGCUUCAGUUAAGAUUAAAUCCUUCUCCUGUAACCCAGAUUUUCAGGUUCCCCAGUAUGGAUGUGUGUUCAGAGGUAGGUGUUCCCCCCACUCACACAUUUUUGGCUGUCUUGCAGAAAUUUCAGUACUGAGUUGUGUCUUUCAAAGGAUCUGUGAAUUCAUUAAGCUUUCUUGGUAUGUUCCUGAGGUGGUUCCUAGAGGAGAAGUUCACAGAAUGAGUCUCCUCAUGCUGUUCUGUUGUCCAAGUGGGAGCUGCACCUUAGCCCUCUUGUCUGCCGUUUUCUCCUAUGACUUCACAUUUUCAGACAGACUUAAAGAAAUUAAUUUGCCCAAGGUGAUACAACUUCUCAUAUAUGUAUUGGAGUCCAACCUUGAAUAUAGGCCAUAUGAGAUCUCAGAGCCUGAGAGACUACUAAAAGAUAUACUGUUUUGUCUUCCCCAUAUGCAGAAAAUGGAAAUAAAGCAUAGAAAUAAGCUGUCCAGUUUGACUUGGUCAUUUGGGUUAGUUUUUCAGUACUACCAGCUCUCCAAUACUCAUCAAGCCACCAUUUCCCAUAUGGAAGAAAGAUUCGGAAAUAUCUCCCGACAGUUUCAAUCUCUUCAAGUCCAGAACACGAAGCUUGCAGAAAGUCUGCAGCAUGUGGCUAAAAAACUCUGUCGUGAGCUCUAUAACAAAGCUGGAGCACACAGGUGCAGCCCUUGUCCAGAACAAUGGAAGUGGCAUGGAGACAAUUGCUACCAGUUCUAUAAAGACAGCAAAAAUUGGGAGGACUGUAAAUAUUUCUGCCUUAGUGAGAACUCUACCAUGCUGAAGAUAGACACAAAAGAAGAGCUGGAGUUUGCCAUGUCUCAGAGCUACUCUGAGUUUUUCUACUUCUAUUGGAUGGGGCUCUUCCGCCCUGGUGGUGGCAAGGUCUGGCUGUGGAUGGAUGGAACCCCUUACACUUCUGAACUGUUUCAUGUUAUGAUAGAUGUCACCAGCCCAAGAAGCAGAGACUGUGUGGCCAUCCUUAAUAGGAUGAUCUUCUCAAAGGACUGCCAAGAAUUGAAGCGGUGUGCGUGUGAGAGGAGGGCGGCCAUGGUGAAGCCAGAAAGCCUCCGCUUCCUCCCUGAAACAUCAGGUGAAGGUGACUGACUCCCCAGCUGCAACCACAAACAGCAGAGUGAGCCAGGCAAUGCCAAUGCAAGGGCUACUUGAGACGUGGGGAAAUGGAACAUAAUCAGGCAAGACUGUUUCUCUGACUAGUACAAGAUGGGUUCUCACGUUUCCUGCUCAGGAUCACCAGCAUUUCUAAGCUUGGGUCCAUGCACAUAUUUAACAGUCACAAGAAGUCUUAUUUACAUGCCACCAACAACCUCAGAAACCCAUACUGCCAUCUACCUUCUAGGCUUAGAGAUAACUUUUAGCUUUCUUUCUUCUCAACAUCGAAUAUCACCUCCUUGUUUCCAUGUCUUCCUUAUACUUGGAGGAGUGGGAAACUUUUUGAAGUAGGGGAAAUACAUGAAAGUAACAUCCUUUUUCCUGACAGUCAAGUUGUCCAUGAGAAAUUAGCAGUCACUCCCCAGAUUGUACCACCGAAUACACAAGAAAUUCUUCGUGUUUGUUUCAGUUCAUACUAGUCGCUUCUUAAUCUCUCAGUAAAGACCCCAUCUGCUUUCUCUAUGGCCUGCUUCUGAACAGGAGUGUCUCUUGUUAUGAGACUGUCAGUGUCUUAUAAACAUUCCUCUCUGCAGCCACUAAGACCCUGAUAAUUGUCUAUCUUCCAUAUGAAUUUCUCCCAGGAAAGAAAUAUAUCCCCAUCUCAUUUCCAUAUCAGAAUUACUGUCCCCAAUAUUCCCUUCAAAGAGAUUAAAGACUAGAAAAAAGUCAGUCUUUUCAUCUGCACCUGUAAUACUUUGAUUUCAGUUCCUAUUUUCUUCCAUUGACCCAUAUUUAUGCCUUUGAGGUACCAAAGAUUUAAUAAUAAUAAAUGUAAAUACUGUGAAGUGUGUGUGAUUUUACAAUGGACUUUUGAUUUGUGGGAAAAUUCAGCGUGAAAAUACUUUUCAAAAUA